AUGAAGGGCUUUUCUUCUUUUGCUCUGUUUUUCCUAAUAGUUGGGAUUUAUAUGACUUCAGAAUGUUUCAAUAUGGAAAUUAUUGGAGGGAGAGAAGUGCAGCCUCAUUCCAGGCCAUUUAUGGCUUCCUUCCAGUACCGUGGCAAUCAUUUUUGUGGGGUCCUGAUCCAUCCACAGCAGGUGCUGACAGCUGCUCACUGCCACUCCAGAGCAGUUCAAGGUGGGACUCAGAAACCCCCACAUGAAUGCCUCCAGGUGUUUCUGAAACAGCUCCAAAGGACACUCUUAGAAAAAAACCCUCUGCUGUGCAAACCAAUGACCCUGGUUUGCGAAAGGCCACAUUCUCUCUCAAAGAAUGAGCCUACAAAACAAAUGUUUGCGAUUGAAAAAUUAAUACCAUUCUCAAGAUUUCCAUUAGUUUCUACACCGCAUGCUGUAGAUAUCAUGCUGAUAAAGCUUCACAUGGCUGCAAAACUCAAUAAGCAUGUCCAGCUGCUCCAGCUGAGAUCCAAAAAUUAUAUUAGAGAGGGAACCAAAUGCCAGGUUACUGGCUGGGGAGCCACGGACCCAGAUCUGAUAAACGCCUCUGACACCCUGCAAGAAGUCACUGUUCCCAUCAUAAGUAGGAAAUGAUGCAACAGCCAAAGCUAUUACAAGUAUAACCCUGUUAUAACCAAAGACACGAUAUGUGCUAGAGAUGCCAGAGGUCAGAAGGAUUCCUGUCAGGUAAGUGUCCUCAUUCAGACUGGCCUCUCUGACUGCGGAAGAGGCUACAUCUGCAGAGGUGUCUUCCAUGCCAUAGUCUCUGGAGGAGGUCAUAAAUGUGGUAUUGCCAACAAACCUGGAAUCUACAUCCUAGUAAGCAAGAGAUACUAGGAUUAGAUCAAAAGCAAGCUUGCCCCAUCGCAUGUAUAUUGA